GGACUUUCUCAAUUAAUUGCCUCUUGCUUAGCAGAGGGCGUUCUGGAGUAGCUGUGCUAGACUUUGAAGCUUUUUUGAAAUAAUGUUCCGGCAAAGCAUCCGGCGUUUCGGCACCACUGCGCUUCGCGCAGCAGAAGGGUCGACCGCCUAUAGUGUCCGAGUAUCGCAAGCUCAGGGUUUCGUUAACGGUCUUACAGAAGCAAUCGGAAACACACCACUUAUCCGACUGAAGCGCCUUUCCGAAGAGACCGGCUGCAACAUCCUCGGUAAAGCCGAGUUUCAGAACCCCGGAGGCAGCGUGAAGGACCGUGCAGCAUUGUUUGUUGUCAAGGAUGCAGAGGAGAAGGGUCUCUUGAAACCUGGCGGUACGGUGGUUGAAGGAACAGCGGGUAAUACUGGAAUUGGGUUGGCGCAUGUGUGCCGGUCAAAGGGAUACAAACUUGUUAUCUACAUGCCCAACACGCAGUCCCAGGGUAAGAUCGACCUUCUGCGGCUCUUAGGUGCGGAAGUCUACCCUGUGCCGGCGGUGGCUUUCGACAACCCACAGAACUACAAUCACCAGGCGCGGAGACAUGCGGAAUCGCUGGAUAAUGCGGUGUGGACAAACCAGUUUGACAACACCGCCAAUCGCCAGGCCCACAUCGAAACGACUGGUCCUGAAAUAUGGGCCCAGACUGGCGGACAGGUCGACGCUUUCACUUGCGCUACCGGAACGGGAGGAACAUUGGCUGGUAUCACACGCCACCUUAAGACCGCCAGUGAUGGACGUGUCAAGUGUUUCCUUGCUGAUCCCCCGGGUAGCGUUCUUCACAGCUACAUCCAGAGCGGUGGAAACCUAAUCGAGCGCUCAGGAAGCAGUAUUACUGAGGGUAUUGGCCAGGGCCGUGUCACAGAUAAUCUCCAGCCCGACAUCGACCUUGUGGAUGGAUCUCUCACGAUUAGCGACGAGAAGUCAAUCGAGAUGGUCUACCGCUGUCUCGACGAGGAGGGCCUAUAUCUCGGAGCCAGCUCUGCGCUCAACGUUGUUGCUGCCAAGGAGGUUGCCGAGAAGCUCGGUAAGGGCAAGACCAUCGUCACCAUCCUGUGCGAUGGUGCCUACCGUUAUGCCGACCGUCUGUUCUCGAACACGUGGCUUCAGAGCAAGGGCCUGAGGACCGCUAUUCCCAAGCACCUCGAGAAGUACAUCGUGCUUCCAUAAUUGGUCAUGUAUGUAUAAUGUUGUAUAGACCGGUGUCAAUAUAGUGAUAUCUGUUUAAAAAAACCCUACCAUA